AUGGCUGUCGGCGCCCUCUCUACUACGCUUGGCUCGAUGCUCAUCGGAGGCUUCUUUUCUUCCUUUUUGGGCGGCAUCGUUGCAAUCGAGGUUGCUGCCUACUUUCGCGUCUACAAGACCGAUUCGCUCGGCUUCAAGGCGCUCGUCCUCACAGUCUUCGCUCUCGAUCUUUUCCACACCGGGUGCAUAUGGGCUGCGAUGUGGGAGUAUGUGAUAACGAAUUGGGGAACCACCUCCAAGCUCGAUUUCAUUCCUUGGAGCAUAUCGCUCACGGUCCUGGUUACGGCCCUCGUGACUUUCCUGGUCCACUGCUUUUUUGCACAUCGCAUAUUCCGCCUGAGCAAAGGCAAUUGGUAUAUGGCGGGUCCCGUGGUUUUCUUCGCCUUUCUGCGACUUGUGGCUGCUACUGCAUCAACAGUAGAAAUGUUUCACUACCAGAGUUUUCGCGUCUUUGUGGCACGUGUUCGCUGGGUGUUCACACUGGGUCUCUCCUUCUCGUCCUCUGUCGACAUUCUCAUCACCGCCUUGUUCCUAUACCUCUUCAGGGGAAGCCGAAGACCUGAAGGUUCUCAUCUGAACAAGGUGUUGGACCAGCUGGCUCUAUACGCAUUUGAGACAGGUAGCCUGACCUGUAUCGGAACCGUUGUUUCAAUGAUCUGUUGGGUGACGAUGAACCGGUCUAAUCUCGUCUUUCUCGGUUUGCAUUUCGCCAUUGGCAAGUUAUACGCCAUUUCUCUGCUCGUGACACUCAACACGAGAGAGAGCGUACGUCGCAGUCGUUCGACAGGGUCGACGGCAGAUCGUGGGGCCGUCCUCAUUUUGGAGGCCCGUUCAAACAAAAACCACCGCUCAUCGAGUCCAUAUUUCGCAGCGGCAAUGUCGCAGACCAAAACUGAGGUUCAAAUCGCAGUCGAACGCAACGUACAAUAUGAUUUGCGGACUGACCAGAGUCAUCUACAACAGCCAGAGCCCAAAAGAAACACUGUAAGUUAG